AUGAUAAACGUAGAUGAUGUAGCAGGAUUCAUUGUGAUAUUCGCUACCGCAUUUGUGUUUCUGGGCCUCAAUAUAAUUGCAGCUGUAUUUUUAUUUGUGCGAAUAUAUAUUAAAUGGCGAAAUACUAGCAGGUUAUCAAUGGCAACUAAGAUUCCUUUUUAUCUAGGAAUUCCUGAUGCUAUAUUAUGUAUUCUCCAACUUAUUAACUAUACAUACACGGUGAUUCAUCAUACCCAACUUCCCGAAAAAUCGUGCAUCGCCGUGGCUGGAAUGACAGUGGCUGCCACUCUCCUUCACAGAUUCAUGGGCAUUAUUAUUUCUAUCAAUGCUUAUAUGAGAGUGUGUUGGGAUAUCCAUUGGGAUUUUGGUAAACUCGAUUGGAAGCUGUGGUUUUGUUCAGGGUCGAUUGCAGUAGCUUUUACGGUUCUUGGUUCCCAUCAGAUUGGUGCUUCUACGUAUUGGUGCUAUAUAAAGGGAGGUUCCACAUACGUUCUUCUAGCCGGAGUUGGAGCUUCAAUGCUUAUGUUAGGUGUUUGUACUUUUUGCUAUUUUCGAGCCUUCGCGGCCAUACGAGUCGCAAUGGAAGAAGUUUCCAUCGCUAGUGGGAAAGAGGACAGUAGUCAUCGAUCAGGAAAACGUUCCCAAGUCGAAAUUAAAGCGAUAAAAAAGAUUACCGGAUAUAUGCUAAUGUUUAUUAUUCAAUGGUUUCCAGUUUUUCCGUAUGAUGUUUACCAAGCUUUAAAUAAAGAUGUGCCUUGGACGUAUGCAUUGGCUGUGGCAUCAUUUAACCUUGGGGGCGUAGGCUAUACGAUACUUUAUGUUAUAAAUGAAGGCUAUGACCCUUAUGGCAAAGAUUUAUCAUUGGAUGGAUUAGAUAGUGACGACACUCACAACGCAUCAAGUGGCACGCCCACUCCAUCAUCAGAUAGAAAAGGCGUGGAUGAAAAUGGCUGCGAAGAUGAGGAAUCCACCAUUUCCAUACCUCUGCAAGAACUUUAUCAUACUAAAUCAUAUGAAACUGAAACGAUAUUAGUCAAAAUAUCCACCGAAAAUCAAAAAUCGAAAAACCGAAAUAGUAGACAUCAAGAUAGCAAGGAACGUCGUGGGAGCAGAAGAUUCGGUGAGGCAAGUGGCGAAAGCGAGAACACAACCACACCAAAUAUUUCAGUUAGUGUUCAUACGAUUACCACACAGAUCAUAUUAUCUAAAGAAGAACUUGAACAAAUUGAAGAAGCUCAAGAAUCACAUAAUGAAUAA